AUGUCUCAAUCACUUCUUUCACAGCUUUGGAAGCAAAUACAACCAUCGAGACAUAAUAAAAGACAGUCAACGCAGACUGCAAAGAGUACGACAAUUCUUUUACAGAAUAGCUUGGUCAUAGAGCAUGGGGAGCAAGAUUCUGUUCAAGUCGUUGACAACACCGAUAUCUUGAUAGUAGACGGCAUUAUCAAGGAAGUCGGCAAAUCUAUCAAACCUCCACCGCAUGCUGAAGUUGUCGACUGCUCCAAUAAGAUAAUUAGCCCGGGGUUCAUCAACACACACCAUCACCUUUGGCAGACGCAGCUUAAAGGUUAUGGUACAGACCACUGCUGGUUGGAGUACUUUUCGGACGCCGAGUCCGCUAUAUAUGCAUUUUCAGACUCCGGCAUCCGAGUGGUAUUCGCAUACGGAGAAACAUUUCUAAACCUCAAGAAAUGGGACACCGAAUCAUGUGUCCCGAAUGCUAUGUCUAUUUCCGAACCUUUCAUUAAACAUGUUGAGGACCUAGCCCAAAGAGAUCCUUUUGGAAACGGUCGUGUCAACGUUGGCCUUUCGUUUGAUGGAUAUCAUAUGCCACAGCAGGAUCUAUUGCCGUUCGUAAACGAGCGGAUAUUUUGGUGUUCUCAAGAGAUCAAUCAUUAG